AUGGCCGAGCUCCCGUCAAAGGUGCACCUCACAUCGCACCCCAUCUACCUGAGCAUCAGUGGGCCCUCUGUGUAUGAGGAUGAGAACCAGCGCACGUGGCUGCAUCUCUUCACGAAGACAGGAGGUGUCCUGCAAGAAUGGUUGCGCCAGGAAGAUAUCCCCAGUGGGUAUAUCGCACCCACCACCAGCCCGCUGACCUCGACCACCUUGCCUUUGCUGUGGACGCUCCAACCUGGCAACCAGUACCUGGACUACCUGAGCCGAUUCUGGCGCAUCGUGCACCACAUCAAGGAGAAUGGCGUGGAGGAAAUGAUACUUGAGUUGAGGGAAGACUCCUUGAACAGGUGA